AUGUCUGUUCUGUUGUCCCCUCAGAACACCAUUGUGCUUGGUACCCUCCAGUCUGUCCUGUUUGAUGAGUCUCAGUGGGAGACCCCUCACACCUUCAACCCUGCCCACUUCCUGGAUCAGGAGGGCAAGUUCAGGAAGAGAGAUGCAUUCCUUCCAUUCUCUUUAGGUAAUACUGUGCUACAUUUAUCCUUCCAUUAUCUUUAGGUAAUACGGUACUACAUCGCUUCCAUGUCAUUUGACCCCAGAUUGGUGCCAAAUGAUUGCUACCCUAUCGGAAAUUGCGCAUGCACAACUAAUCUUCCUUACAUAGUAAUACUUUACUUGGUUUAACUGAAGUUGAAUCAUUGACUUAAAGUUUAAUCAUUGACUUGCCUAUAUAGCUAGAGUAUGUUGGUGCUAGCAUAGUUACUGUUCUAUACUUUACAGUGUGAGUUAGAAAAGGUGUUCUGUGUUGGUUCUCUCCCCAGGUAAGAGGGUGUGUCCUGGGGAGCAGCUGGCCAAGAUGGAACUUUUCCUGUUCUUCACCUCCCUGCUGCAGAGGUUCACCUUCUCCUGUCCUCCAGGGGUGGAACCCAGCCUGGACUUUAAGAUGGGGUCUACACACAGUCCCAAGCCCUACCAGCUGUGUGCAACACUUCGAUGA